UCAUUUGUUUCUCAGCAUGGAGAUGGGGAGCCACCUAAUCAGAUGAUUAUCUUUCUAAUAUCAAAAUAUUCACUUUUUUGUUUUAAGGUUUUUUCCAACGGUGGGUAAAUUGCUAAUAGAUAAUUGAAACCUUAAAGAAAAUUUUAAUCUUUAUAAGGUAAUAUCUCUAUUUCAUUCCAAACUUUAAAAAAGCUUUUCGUUUGUUACGAUAUAACUUUAAUAUUUUUGCGAUCAACCUUAAUGUAAUCAGAUUAUAAACAACUUUUGGUAGCCUACUCUUUAACCCAACUGCACUAAUUGUAAUCAAAUUGUUGUAUCUAAUAGUUUGACGACUAUUCGGCCUAUUAUCAUAAGUAGAGAGAGAGAGAGAUGACGACACAUAUAGAAUCUCGUACAGUUGAGUGUUGUGGAGGUAAGAAGGUGACAACCUACACUCUGUCCAUCGAGAAGUCGCUGAGAGUGGAGGUGUGCGACUGGGGAGCAACAAUCACCAAAAUAUUUGUGCCCAACAAGGACAAAUCCAUGUAUGAUAUUGUGCUUGGCUUUGAUGAUCUUGAACGUUAUAUUUUACCGAGCAACGCAAAAAUAGCAAUUGGUGGUACAUUGGGAAGGGUUGCCAACAGAAUUAAAAACGGACGAUUUGUUAUUCCGAAAGUGGUGGAUGGGCGCAGGGACUCGGCAGAAGGGACAAUCUACAGGGCCACCAAAAACGAUGGAGAUAACACCCUUAACGGUGGCGAGAAAGGAUUGCAUCAGAGAUCUUGGGAAUCGAAAAUCGAGAACGAGAACACGGUGAAAAUGUGGUACGAGAGUCCUGAUGGCGAGGAGGGGUUUCCGGGCAGGGUUUUGAUUGAGGUGUUCUUCACAGUUGUCAGAAAUGGCUACAACACGGCCCAAUUUGUUAUUGUCUACAAGGCGACCACCGAUGCAAACGUCAUCACUCCUGUUAGUCUCACCUCGACGCCUUUUUUCAACCUCUCUGGUCAUGAGGCCGGGCCAGAAAGCGUGUACAAGCACCGGUUCCAGGUGCACUGCGACGAAUACGUGGAGUUGGACGACCAGCUUUGCCCGACCGGAAACCUGAAGCCGGUCGACGAGUCGCCCUACGACAUGCGUGACUUCGACACGUUCAAGGCACGCAUCGACAAGUCGCCCAAGAACGGGUUCGACUGUGUGUUUGCCAUACAGGACGCCGUACGCGAUGUGCACCUCAGGAAUGUCGCUUAUGUAUUGGAUGAUGCAUCAGGCAUAUACAUGGAGGUAAUGACUGACCAUCCCACACUCUACUUCAAUACCCUCAACAUCAACGAAGAUAUUAAACGUGGCAAAAAUAAUUGCACUUACAAACGUCAUGGAGGUUUCACGCUUUCACCUCAAAUGUAUCCAGAUGCCGGCAACCAUAGUAACUUUCCGACCAUACUGAUUGCAGAUUCGAAACCUUACUGCUUUAUGAACUGCUACUUGUUUGGGACAAUCUAUCAUUGAAUAAAUUCUGAAAACAGAAGAAGAACCGGAACUUCCUAAAUCUAUAAUAAUUAUACUUUGUCUUGUCUUUCCAAGUAGACUUGGCAAGGCUUCUAAAUUUAAUUUCUCAAAUAUUAGUCUGUCUAAAUCAAAUGAAUGUCUUUGAAAUUAUAUGUUUGUGGUGUAAAUGUAUAUAAGCAUUUAAUACGUGAGUCAAAAUUUUAAUAAAUUGUUUUUGAUUUGUA